GGUCCUGCUGUUGUCGUGUUUGCGUUCCUCCUCUUUUUCUCCGCUCGUGCAUCCCGCUAUGCCUGAGCCGGCCAAGUCCGCUCCCGCGCCCAAGAAGGGCUCGAAGAAAGCGGUCACCAAAGCCCAGAAGAAGGAUGGCAAAAAGCGCAAGCGCAGUCGAAAGGAGAGCUAUUCCAUCUACGUGUACAAGGUUCUCAAGCAGGUGCACCCCGACACGGGCAUCUCGUCCAAGGCCAUGGGCAUCAUGAACUCCUUCGUCAACGACAUCUUCGAGCGCAUCGCCGGCGAGGCGUCCCGCCUGGCGCAUUACAACAAGCGCUCCACCAUCACCUCCCGGGAGAUCCAGACGGCCGUGCGCCUCCUGCUGCCUGGCGAGCUGGCCAAACACGCCGUGUCCGAGGGCACCAAGGCGGUCACCAAGUACACCAGCUCCAAGUGAGCCCCUCCUGGGACGCGGCGCUCGCACGAGUCGCCGGCCACUUAACCCCCAAAGGCUCUUUUCAGAGCCACCUACCUUUUCAGUGAAA